GUCGGUGUGUAGGUUAUUGGUUUAUACAUGGCCCUGGUAUUUUAGUUCGUCCGUUCGCGGGCUAACUGCGAAUUAGGACAUGGCUUCUGUGGAUCGAGGGGAUGUGGGCGAUAUUGACGCGCUUCUGAGGGCUGCAGAGAUUUUAGAGAAAAAGUUGUAUUCAAAAGGUGGUUAUGGCACGGCUGACACACUUCGAAAUAUUAACGUGGCUCAGUUUCUGGAGUGGUUAAGUACCGGUGACGAAGGUGAUGGUAAUACCUCUAUGGAUUCUAAAAUUUCUCCAACUAUGCAUGUAGAGCUAGCGAAUCUCAUACAAAUGUCAGGAUGUCAGAAAAUCAGUGACUUACAGACAGUAUUCGGAUCAGCCCGCCAAUUAGUUCCUACCAAAUCAACUCUGAGUUAUUCAGAUGGUGAUCCGGUGUUUACAUAUCAUCCUGAUACUUGGAAGCAAUGUACUGCAUCUCAUUUAAGACCGGAUUCUGCUUCUUCGAAGUUGCCACAAAGUCACUGUCGUGUCCUCACAGCUGCUACAGGUGUCACUCAAUUAUCAGAACCAUUUUCAGUUGGAGGAAUUGGGACGACAGAUGAACCGGAUGGAUUGUCCAACACAAGUGAUGAUGUUGGUAUGGAUAGUUCAAGUCAGGACAGCUAUUCGGGGAAUACAGCUCCCGUUCGUGCGAAUACUGAUGUUAUGCACAUUUUGAACUCAUCCCUUGGUUCUGAAUUUAAUGGCAAUGUGGAUCCUGGAAAUAAUAAAUCUCAGUAUUCUAAUUGUCGUUUGAGAUCAGCUCUACUAACACCUUAUUCUCCUGGUUCUGAAAUACAUUCCAAUAACAGUGUUAGGCACUUGAAUCAUUUUUUGAAUAAGGAUCUCUAUGCUUCUAACAUGCCGCUUCAACAGAGACCAGUUACCGAAAGUAUUCAACCCGAAAUAUUUCCUAAUAGCACUUCAUCACAACGACUACUGGAAGUUCUUUCUAGGACAUAUGAAAAUUAUGAUGAUUUAGAUCAACGUAACUCCAAGUUUCGAGCAUCUGAAAGCCCUCAAAGUACUCCAACUGUUCAUCAACAAACUUCCUGGAGUGCACCUCCGUCUGUCUCAUCCAGUAGUUGUGCUACUCCGGAUAAAGAAUGUUGCGAUUUACCAAAUCAAAGUGAAAUUCCCCAACCAGUUCGUCCAACACGUUUCAGUUGUUCAAGUUUACCUGUAAAGAAACGCAAGUUGGAUUGGAAACAAUCAGAUAAUUGGUUCCCUGAUUUACAGUCACCUGAUAAGCAUUUAUGUAAAUUUAGGAAAACUCCCAACAUUAAUUCGCCAGAUCUUGUUGGUAAUACUGGUUUUAUGACGACACUAAGUCAUGAUAAUCCCACAUCCUGUUCAUCGAGUGGGAGUAUCCCAGAAAGGCGGAAAUCGGUUGGUGGUAUAUCUACAUCGGACAAUUCUCAGCAUUCUGUCACUUCGAAAACUACUAUUCCUCUGUUGAGAACUUGUUCUGUGCCUGUAAACAAUGAACAGCGUAUGAUUCAUUCAUCAAAACUUUUAGAUAAUUUAACAUUUUCUAAACAUUUAAUUGAAGAGAAAAAAUCGUUAAUAAAAACGCCUUAUCAAAAUAAUUUUUCUGUUCUUACUCGUACACUUACCGGUUCGGAUAAUAUUAAAAAUCAUAUUAACAGUUCAAAACAGUAUUCCUGUGAGUUGGCAACAAUGUCAAAUGGUUCGGAUUUUUCAAAAUUAUCAAAAGAUAAUAUUUUUAAUAGUAAUGAUAACAAGAAGAGGAAAUAUGCCACUCUUUCCAGUGUUGAUUUAUGUACGACAACGGUGGGUAGCGACUAUUAUCCCGGUGUUAUUAAUAAUAAUAAUAAUAAUAAUAAUAAUAAUAAUAAUAAUAGUGAUGAAGACUCGUAUAUUUCAAAAAUCAGCCAUUCAACGACAUCUUCCACUAUUCAUUACAAUGCAAGGAAACCGAUAACAGCGGAUUUAUUAUUUCGUUCACCACAUAAUACCCAUAAACAUCGUUCUCAUACCCAUAAUAACAAUGACAAUAGUAAUAAUCAAUUAACACUCUCUAAUACCUCUGACAACAUUCAUAAUCGUAAUGAAAUAUUUAAUUAUACAAAUGAAGUUCAUCAACAUCAUUGUUUCUCAAAACUACAAACUGCUAGAACUGUAGAAAUGAAUGUAUCCAAUAUAGAUAAUAAUAAUAAAUUAAAUGGAUCCACACCGGUGGUAGAACGCAAACACAAUGGUCUUAUACAAACCAUACCGCAUAAUGAACAUAACAAUACUGUAUCACAUCAAUUAUCUCAUACACUCAAGGAAGAUACUGUUUAUAAUUUUAAUUCAAUGUGUCAGAAACAAUCUAACAAUUCGGAUAAUAGUAAUGAUAUCAUAUCAGUUCCAAACAAGAAUAAUCUUGUUAAUAAUUAUCAGCAAUUAUCAUCUGUUAUUAGUCAGUCAACAAUGCUUCCUGACUAUGCUGUUACUACUACCUCUACUCCAACAACAACUACUAAUGUUAUUAGUCAUAAUCUUAAUACUUAUAUUGAUUCAAGCAUCAAAAGUGAAUGUACACGUGUUUCUGUAAAUACCAGUCCUAUGAAAUCAAUUAUGCCCGAAUCUACAAUCAAUAAACCACCUACGGAACAGUUGAAAUAUUCACAUGGAAAUUUACCUAAUGGUGCUACCACAUUAUCACCAUCAUCAUCGUCUGUGUUAGCGAAUCAAAUGAAUGUCAACGGUGCACAUGUUAUUAUGAUGCUUUCUCCAUCUAUCACAAUCCCGACAUCUCUUCAUUCAUCGUUAACCAACCAGAUUAGUACAUCAUCAUCAUUAUCAUCAUCGUCAAAUGUUCAACAAUCUUCUUCCAAUUAUAAUAAUAAUAAUUCUAAAAUCAUACCACAUUCUUCUAAUUUUUCUCAAACUUAUACUACCCCCGCCAUCACUACAUCAAACUUUGUAAGUAGUUGUAGUGGCACAUCAUCUUUUCCCUUACUUUUAAUCUCUGCUUCUUCAUCGGCCAGUGCGGUUGCAUUAGCUGAGGCUGCUGCUUUAGCUACAGGAGUACCGUCGACAAGUUUUGUACCCGUUCCUGUACAAGUCACUACCUAUGUCCCUCCACCAUCAUCAACAACAAUCACAACAACACGAUCAAUAAAAAAUGAAGAGCAUAAUGACAAGUUAAAUAAUCAAUGUAAAAUCUCUAAUUCAUUGAAUAAUGAAAUUAACAACAUUUCAAAUCAACAUUUUAUUCUGUCAGUCAUGGUGACUGAUAAUCAUGUUCAUAAUGAUAAUAAUAAUGAUAAUAAUAAUAAUAAUAAUAAUAAUAAUAAUAAUAAUAAUAAUAAUAACAAUAAUGGUAAUGGUGAUAAUCCGAAAUCAUUUUCAGUUCAAAGAAAAAUCCCAUUUGUCUUAAGUACACCUAGUUUCCAUUCAAAUGUCAAUAAUAUUCAAAAUGAUAGAAAUAUGAUUAUUGAUGGUAAACAACACCAUUCCACUCCAUCAGUAUUAAGAGAUAUUUCAUUGACUAACACAUCUGAUGAUAACGUUUAUGAUAGUAAAUUGACCCAUCAAGCUGUAUAAUGUCGCUGAUGAUGAUAAAAACUGAGGGGGGAUGGGCAGCAUGAAAAUAGUGUCACUUAAUUGAUAAAGGAGAUGACAAAUACUAUCUCUAUACUUGUAAACUGAUAAUAUGCCUCUAUCCCUACUACCAUUACUACUGCUUUUAUUGCUACACAUAGCACAGUAGUAUUCAAAUAAAGGUCUCAAUACUUAUCAGUUUAUUCCCUCGAUCUUCUCAUUAACUAUUACUUCAACCAAGUGAUUUGUUCACCUGAAAUAAUUCUCUUUUGAUCAUUAAUUUUUUUAGUUUUUCUUCUAUGUUUAUUCCAUUCAUCGUCAAAAUAAUUUCUUUUUUAUUUUGAUGUGUACGUGUGUUCAUGUUUCAAUGUUCCUACCAUCAACUGUCACAUUUCUUCUAAACAAAUAAGAUCUACUCUUUUUUAUUAUUAGGUGUCGAAUAAUUACUAAUAGGUUAUCAUAUCACGUUAAUUAUACAUUUUUCAGUUUUCUUUAUCGUUUUCUUGUUUUUACAAAUUAUUUGUAUAUUUAGGUUUCAUUAAGAAUCUAUCAUCAUGGCAACUAUCAUCAUUAGUGUUAUUAUCAUUUUUGUGUGACCUCUCCUUCACUACGCGCCUAUACACACAUUCAUCCUACAUUUGCUAUUUUCUCACCACCACUCUUGUUGUGUUGUUUCCUUCCUUAGACACAUGUACGUAGGUAUAUAUAUAUAUAUAUAUAUAUA